AUGGUAGCUAGUCGUAUGCAGAGAUGGGCAAUUAUUUUAUCUACUUAUUCGUUCGACAUCGAGUAUGUCCGUACAGAUGAAAAUGGGGCGGACGGUUUAUCGCGGUUACCGCUUAAAACUGAACGAAACGUGACAACCCCACCCGAACAAAUGUACCUGCAUUUUGUGCAACAAGCUCUGUCAUUAGACUAUAACGACAUUAAACGGGAGACGUUGCGGGAUCCAUUAUUAUCAAAAGUACUAAGUUAUAUUCGUGACGGCUGGCCAUCACACUGCGAAAUUACUAAUCUUCAACAUUAUUGGAAUAGACACAAAGAAUUAUACGAGGAGCUGGGCUGUAUAAUGUGGGGUCAUAGGUUAGUAGUACCGGAAAAUUGCAGGGACAAAAUCUUGGCUAUGAUUCAUGAACCUCAUAUGGGAAUAGUGAAAUCCAAAGCGCUGGCUCGAAGCUAUGUAUGGUGGGACGGCAUGGAGGAGGCGGUGGAGCGAGCGUGCCGUGAGUGUAUAACCUGCGCGGCGCAGGUUAUACAGGCGACAGGCGACCCCUAA